CCGGGCGCAGACGGCUUCCGGUGUCAUGGCGGCCUGAGGUCCCGGCAGUCGGUGAGGCGGCUGCAGGCCCCUCCCUGCAGAGCCGCUGGUCCGGCGGGCGGGGAUGUGACCGAGGGCCCUGCCGGCCUGCCUCGGGCGUCGCGUCAGCUCCGUGUCAGUGCCCUCAGUCCACACCGAUGGCUGGAUCCGGCUGUGCGUGGGGCGCGGAGCCGCCGCGGUUUCUGGAAGCUUUCGGGCGGCUGUGGCAGGUACAGAGCCGCCUGGGUAGCGGCUCCUCUGCCUCGGUGUAUCGGGUGCGCUGCUGCGGCACUCCUGGCUCACCCCCCGGCGCCCUGAAGCAGUUCUUACCGCCAGGAACCACCGGGGCUGCGGCCUCGGCCGCCGAGUAUGGUUUCCGCAAAGAGAGGGCAGCGUUGGAACAGUUGCAGGGUCACAGGAACAUCGUGACUUUAUAUGGAGUUUUUACAAUCCACUUUUCUCCAAAUGUGCCAUCACGCUGUCUCUUGCUUGAACUCCUGGAUGUCAGUGUUUCGGAAUUGCUUUUAUAUUCCAGUCACCAAGGUUGUUCCAUGUGGAUGAUACAGCAUUGUGCCAGAGAUGUUCUAGAGGCCCUUGCUUUUCUUCAUCAUGAGGGUUAUGUCCAUGCAGACCUCAAACCACGUAAUAUAUUGUGGAGUGCCGAGAAUGAAUGUUUUAAACUCAUUGACUUUGGACUUAGCUUCAAAGAAGGCAAUCAGGAUGUAAAGUAUAUUCAGACAGACGGGUAUCGGGCUCCUGAAGCAGAACUGCAGAAUUGCUUGGCUCAGGCUGGCCUGCAGAGUGAUACAGAAUGUACCUCAGCUGUUGAUCUGUGGAGCCUAGGAAUCAUUUUACUGGAAAUGUUCUCAGGAAUGAAACUGAAACAUACAGUCAGAUCUCAGGAAUGGAAGGCAAACAGUUCUGCUAUUAUUGAUCACAUAUUUGCCAGUAAAGCAGUGGUUAAUGCCGCAAUUCCAGCCUAUCACCUAAGAGACCUUAUCAAAAGCAUGCUUCAUGAUGAUCCAAGCAGAAGAAUUCCUGCUGAAAUGGCAUUGUGCAGCCCAUUCUUUAGCAUUCCUUUUGCCCCUCAUAUUGAAGAUUUGGUGAUGCUUCCUACUCCAGUGCUAAGACUGCUAAAUGUGCUGGAUGAUGAUUAUCUUGAGAAUGAAGAGGAAUAUGAAGAUGUUGUAGAAGAUGUAAAAGAGGAGUGUCAAAAAUAUGGACCAGUAGUAUCUCUGCUUGUUCCAAAAGAAAAUCCUGGCAGAGGACAAGUCUUUGUUGAGUAUGCAAAUGCUGGUGAUUCCAAAGCUGCUCAGAAAUUACUGACUGGAAGGAUGUUUGAUGGGAAGUUUGUUGUGGCUACCUUCUACCCGCUGAGUGCCUACAAGAGGGGAUAUCUGUAUCAAACUUUGCUUUAAUCAGUAACCUAAGGACUAUUUCCUGUUUCUCCUCUUCCAUUUCCUUGGGUUAUUGUAUUCUACAUCUGAAUGCAGAAGUACCCCUACCAUUUUGAGGGAAUACUUUGUACACUUAUUCAGUCCUACUAAUGUGCAGCCAUUGGUUAAGCAGUGACUGCAUUGCACACAUUUGGCACUGAGUAGGACAAGACCUCUCAGCUAUAUAUUGAGGGGCUUUAGAGCAUCCAUGUGGGCAACCUUUUUUUGUGCAGUAGGGCAAGUGCUGCUCUUCAGUAUGUAACCUAAACAAAUAUUAACUAUUUCAUGUGAUCAUGAGGCAAAGAUGAAUAAUAUGUUGUAGUGAAUAUUAACAAAUAUGUUAGAGUUGGUGACAUCACUUACAGAUUAUUCCUUUAUGUUGUCAGAUGGUUCUUCCUUAUUGUUGAUAUCCAUGGUUGGCACUGGAUGCUCUCAGUAAUGUUAAGUAAUCAUCAAGCAACAGUUCCCUGCUGUGUUCUUAACACUGAGUUAUGAAUUUUUUUUUAAAGGAGUACUGUAGUACUGAAUAUUCCUUUAAAGAAACUGCAGUGAGCCUAUCUGCAUUUUUAAAAUUAAGGCUUUUAAAAUAGAAAGCUGAUGCUUGAUCUUGCACAAUUUUUAUGUCUAGUAUGUAUGUUUGAGUGAGUGUGCAGUUGUGAAAGGUUAGAGAAAAUUUGAGUCAGUGUUCUUUAUAGUGUGAGUCUUGUAAGUUAAUAUAGUCUAUGCCCAUCUCUUCCCUACCUGUUUAAUAUCUGUAAGAUUUAGGAUACAAAUUUUUUGGAAGUUAGUUUCUUUGAUAGAAUGAAAGGAGAAAAUAGUUCAUUCCUGAGAGGCCCAGAACAGAUGAGUAUAGCCUGAGUUAUAUUGAAACUUUCUAAAGUGAACAAACUGUCUUAAAAAAGUUUUGGUAAAUUGCCCCAUCCUUCCAUCUGCUUUAGACCCUGCGUUAGCUCAUCUGUUCUGUACUGAAUCUUCUAUGAACACUGUAAGAUUUCUCAAGAUAAGAGUUCUGCCUACUAUGAUGGAAAAUUGAAGUGGGUCAAAAAGAAAGAAUUAGUUGUUCAGUGAAGGGAAAAGGGGGGGAAAAAAAAGACAGGGUGCAUAAUCAAGGAUUUUUUAUUUCUUCCCUUCUCUCUCAUCUCCCUUCCACUCCUUCUUUUCCUCUUCCUCCAUUCUGUACCUCUAUCCUGAAGAGAGGUUAGAGGAAAGCAUCCCCGGUGGUCUGGCUGUUGACUGCGAGGAAGUAAACAAAGGUGUAGCUCUCAUAAGGUGGAAGUAGAAAGGAAGAAAAGCCCAUAAAGAAUUCUUAAAAGCAUUAGCAAUCUAAUGUGUCCCUGGGUAGAGGUUACUAGUAUGCAGAAGUUCACAGACACAGAUUGAUUAUGUGGUUUUAGGAAUUAUAAUUAGGCAUUCUACCCACUUUAUAGAAGAUUGUCUUCAAAGGUUUAAAUCUUAGGAAACCUUUAUAAAGCACUGAUUAUACAAAAAAAAGUUAUAUACAGGUUCUGAAUUUUUUCUUACCUAAAUGAAAAUUUUAUUUAUUUAUUUUUUUCCUAAGGAAAAAGUCUUAUAUACCUUACCCUGCUGGAAGCCUCCUCAUAUAGUCUUUCUUUGUAUGUGCCAUGCAGGUUAUUGAGAGCCCAAUUAAGAAUUUAUGGGUUAGAGAAUGAAUUAUUAUACCCUGUUCAAACAAUUACUAUUUGAUAUUUUAAUUACAGUUAAUCUGAUUAUUCAGGACUCUCCUUAAUAUUUAUUAAGAAACCAAAUUUUCUAUAAUAAGGAGGCUGAUUAGUGAAUUGCCAAAAGGUCUUGUGGCCUGAUGCCCAAGGGAAAAUUGUAUAGUAAGCUUCUAAUAUGUGCUCUUGGAAGGACAGUAAUUUUUCGUUUUGGUACUUUCAGAGGUUGAUUAGCUGCUCUGGUUUCAUAUAAAAAUUGAAGAGAGUAUAGCCAGUAUUUUGGAGACCUAAGCUUUCCUAAAACAUAACUGUUUGUGUGGGUAGCAGCUUAAAUGGUGAUUAAAAAUACCAGGUCCUUCCAUACAUGCUGAUGAACACAGAAUGCAGAUGAAUUCUUUUAAAGGGCAAGUAUUCUAAGUUAGCAUGUAUACCUUUUUCAUCCCUAUCCCCACCAAAAGAAAAAUCCUUACAAAUAAACUGCAGAUAGGCUGCUAAGCUUAAUGAUGCAGUAUGCUGCUAACAUCUUGAUGCUGAAUUUCACAGCAUUCUUUGAUCAUCUUCUUAUUACUGAUGUAUUCAUGCAUAUAUGUAGUGUUUAACACUGUAGAAUUUUAUUACAGGAGAUGCUAACUAGAUUUUUAAGGGAGCUGAGGGAAUAUCGAUGACCCUAAGUAACCUUGCAUUGAAUUAAAUAUUUUAUAUUUAAGCCACAGAAUUGAAGAGAUGCCUCCUGUGAUUUAAAUUAUAGCUCUUAGCCCAUUACUACCAAAGAUGACAUUUGCAGAUUCUCCCUCCCUCCUCUGAUAUUAUAAGAAGUUUAAUCUUGGUAUCUUUCUUUAACCUAAACCAAAUAUUAUUAAAGAUGCAAUUUUCAUGUUCCUUUUAGGAUGGAACAUAUACAGAGAUUUUGACUCCUUGAAGUUAUUAAAAACAUAGAAGUUUUCUUUUUGAGAGGUAGGGUAAACAGCUGAGCGUUCAUGUCACUUAACCCCUACCAUUUGGGAAAAUUUUAUCUCAGGUAGUUUUUCUUUCCCUAAAUUAAUAUCUACGGUUCUUUACUCUUGCCUUCUAGUUUCUUCUUUAUUGUUCCAUGGUAUUGUCAUGGUACAUUUUUGUCCCAGAAAAGGCAUAUGAGUUGAUUAUUCUAUAGGAAAUCUUUGGUUCUUUGGAAACAUAUUUGGAGGAGGUGGCUAGCUAGCCACUGUCAAAACUUGUGAAAAACUUUAAAUGCUGUAUUUAGAGGAGGAGAAUAAGUAGAGUCGGACACCUCAGUAAAAGCACUGGCUAAAAGAAAUUAUUUGCUGCAUUUUUAAAGGAAUAAUAACAAAAUUAUCCUCUUGCAAUAAGAAAUUGCAUUUAUUGUUACUGGAUGUCUUCCUUGUUUUGUAACCAUCAGUAUAGCAACCCUUCGCAGAAAAGUUCCCUCUGCUAUGCCUUGAGCCAUUACUAUGGCUGCUUUUAGAAGUUUUACUCAUCCUUCUCCCUGUUUUCAUUGCCUUCUAGAUUCAUGUUACUAGGAUUUGUAUUUUACCUUUGAGCAAAUUUAUUGUAAGAAAUGCUGCCGGAAAAAGUGCUGCCAUGUAAAGGAAGAUGAAGAGAAACUAUGGGUAUAAGGUUUGUUUUCAUCUUAGUACACUGGACUUUCACCCUGGUAAGGGUAUCAGUUACCUUUCUGGGAUAAACUGUAGUCAGGAUAGCUCAUUUGAGUUUAUUUCUCAAAUGCAGAUAACUGGCAUUUUGGCAUCAUUUUCUUCUUAGUUUUAUAUUCUGACCCUACAGAAUUAGGCCUGUUUUAGAUAAUUUCUAUUAUUAGUUAAUACUUGGCAGCAUGACAUUUAAUUUUUUUAUAAUUUAAUGAAAAUCAGCACCAUAGUAACUAAUGGUAAUUGUAACAGCAUAGUUACUGGGUGAGGGAGUGGAGGAGACACUCAGUAACAACGUGUUUUAUCUGGACUUUUAUGCAAGGGUACAUGGCUUUAUUCAGAUUAGGGUACAGAUGGAAUUGCAUCAUGGCUUUUAGUCUGGUGGAUAUGUAGACAGUCAAAGAUUUAAGCAAGUGCCUUGUGUUUCCUGGAAAAUACUGAAACUCAUUUGGGUGUAAGCUUCCCAGAUGAUGAUUAAUUAUUGCACCUUUGCCUUUUCCUUGGAAUAAUUUUUGGAUUGAGUCGUGUAGUAUAAAACUCCAAAAUUCCCUUGGUUUACCUUCUUUCUGUAUGUAUAAAACUAUUCAUAUUUGGGUUUUUUUUUCCUGAUAUUACAUGUAAUGGAAAGCCAGAGCUGUCUGGCAGAAUCUAAUUGUUCAUUGGAUCUAGUUCCAUUUUUAGUAUUAGGUUCCUUCUUCAAAUCUUAUUACUGUAGCUCUCUAAUAUAAUUUAUUUAUUUCUUAUCAACUGUGGUCACAAUAUAGACCAGUCUUUGGUCACAGUUAGCUCAAAAGAAUUUCCAUUUCUUCUUAAGGUGCUCAAUAAAUCACCUUUACUUUGAGAUGGUAGCCUUUUCAGGCUAGUGUUACUUUCUCUCUUUCUCAAUGAAUAUAUGAAUGUCAAAUCUCUAUGAUACGGAAUUCAUCUGAGCCUCUUGUGGUUUAUUUGGAUAAGUUAUGUUUUCUUAGUUAUAGAGGAACGUGGAUGUUUUGGUCUUUGAAGUACCCCAAAUUUUAAAGGUUUUGUUUUGGUAGGUUAGCUGCUUCUCUACCUGACACCACAGGAUGUAUCAUGCUUGUUUUCUUAGCCACUUCCCCUCCCACAGUGUUUUUCACUGCUUUUUAAGUUAUGUAAUGACCAGUAGGUUUACACAGUGACAUACAAUUGACAAGUACUUGGGAAUAUUUAAGAAGGUAAACAAUUUUAACUAUUUUUGCUGCAAUUUUAUAGGAGAAAUGGGCUGUAAAAGAAAUACCUAUAAACUAGAGAGCAUUUAGGAAAUUGUAUAUUUUAUAGGUGGUCGUGAAGGUGACCUUCAGGAUAUGAUACAUAGUUUACACAACCUUUGUUCUCCUGAUAUGAAAUUUUUAUUCAUUUUCCUAUAGCUCAGCACUUUCAUUGUCCCUUAUACUGCUUUAUAAGGAUUAAUGUUUUAUAUUUGCUUUAUUUGUGCUUUUCAGAGAGUUGUCAUAAUCAUGGCAGUUGUGUUUGUGGUACCAUAUAUGCUGGAAUUUGUGGGAAAUUUAUAAAAUGAUUGCCUAAGUGUUAUUUCCCAUUAAAUAAAGUAGGUAUCACAAUAUCCUAAAGAAAACUGAUGACUUUUUUGAAAGUCAUACAUACAUGUUUUAUAAUCUAGGUUCAUGGUAUUUUAAUUUAAAGGCAAAGAGAAGCAUUCUGUAUUAUUUUGCCUUAUAUGAAAAAAGCUUAUUUUGUUGUACUACUUUGUACAGUAAAAAUAAGUUACAUUCUGGAGGGAGGAAAAAAAAACCCAAACUGGAAUUGUUAAAAUUUUUGUUCCUUUUGGGAAACCCCCAUGUAAACAACAGAGCUAUUUGUUAUCAUCAACUCUUGAUUGUCAGCAAGAGAAUUAUUUGUAGUCACUUUUUUUAUCCUAGGUUAGAACUGCCUUCCCUUUCUGACUUUUCCCCUUAAUAGUGUUCGUGAUGUCGGGACAGUGAAUGUAGAUGUAGUGAGGUGUUCAAAAUCAUACAUCCACAUCAUGCAUCUGUGGAUUCAAAACCUCUUCAGUUAUUUGAAUUAUCUAUAGGUGUAUUAUUUUUAUUAGCAUGGGUUGUCAGAAGUCUGCCAAAUUUAAGAGUAAAGAACAGAAAGAUGAGUAAUAAAAAUAAGAGGAAGAAAGAAAAUGGCUUCCUUAUUGGUAUUAGUAAUCAUCCAUAUAGUUUAUGAUCUAAAAAUGAUAUUUAUUUUUUAAAAUCCAAGUUUGGUACCUGUAACAUAGAAACAUUGCCUUUCCUACACAUUCCUCAUUGUCGUUUCCCAGAAAAUUAUUUUAAGAGUGUAUGAGACCAGAUUAAAUAUCCAUAUUUAAUUUGUCUAGUUUUUAAAAAUAAUUAUUUGAACUCUAGCUUUUUGUGAAUUUGGUAUACAUCAACAUUCAUGCAAAUCAAGGAUCAGAAAGAAACUGGGAAUUAGCCAUCUCCAUGUCUCCCUUUGCACAUUGGGUACAGUGGUUGGCAUUAGUAUGCACUAGCUGCAAUGUUAUAGCACCUUAUGGAAUUAAGUAGUGUUUAUUUAUUAUUAAGUAAAAAGGUUAAGCUGUAUCUCUGUAGAAUAUCUAUUUUACAGAGUGUAAAGCUGUCAUAUCAUUUCCAGCAGGAUUGAACUCCUUCAUUCUUAAUUUUUUUGAAAAAAACCUAAGUAAUUUAACAUUCCUUUAUAUUCUCUUAACAGUGUCAAAUCUGGGGUAGAAUGGAUUCACCCCCCCCCUCCCGCCAAAGGGCUCCAUCUUUGUUAUCUUUUGGUCGCUCUUUGAAAUCCAGUUAUGAUCAAUAGAUUUUAACAGUUGAUGGCUUCCUAUAUCAGCACUGGAGUGGUUGGUUGUGAUUAUUAAAACCUACUACUAUUUUCCCUCAGUAACAUGUAAUUGCUAUGUUUUUGAUUAGAAGGUAUGGCUAGAAAAAAUGUGAAUGAUCACUUAAACCAAAGCCAGUUAUAAGGAGUAUUCUCUCCUGUUGGUUUACCUUCACCUCAGAACUACAAGAAUAUUACAGUACACAGUGAAUAGUUGUCUAUAACAUUUCUACCAGUUGUUUCAGUAGCAUUGGUCUUGGCAUUUCUUAGCACUAUGGUUCUCUAUUUUCGGUGAUGUCUUAUUUUUUGUGAGGGUUUUCUUUUGUUUGUUUUUUUGUUUUUGUUUUUAAUAAGUGGGACUAUAAAUGUAGAUGUGUAUCAGUACCAAAUAGUUCUUUUCUCAAAUCCUUGUAUUUCUAAUUUCUAUUCAAGUCUUUUAAACCUGUUUUUUUCUUGCUGAGUAGCAAAGAACCUUUAUUUUCCUCGAAACCUAAAAAAGUAUGGACACUGCGUUUCAAUUAACUGUAUUGCAUAUAGUUUUUUGCCGAAAACUAUCUGUAAACACAAUUGCCUUGUUCAGUUUUGUUGUAAACUGAAUUACCCUAAGAUGCACUGUUGAUAUGCUUUCUGAUGUGUUUGUUUGAUAAGGGUGAUAAAAUAAAGCUUAAAAAUACAAGAA